GGCAGUGGUGCUGAUGCGGGAUGAGUCAGGCUGCGUGCGUGAUGCUGCUGCUGCCGCUCGCUGCUGCUGCCAUUUCAUCAGCGGCGAUGACACCGCGGGAUUCCCCUCCCACUGCGAGCAUCCGCUCCUCAUAGACGGAGAAAGUCCCGCAAAACACGCGACAGAUCCGCGCGCGGGUGUCUGAGUGAGUGAGUGAAUGUGUGAGUGAGUGUUUGACUGCACCUGCCGUGUGUGUGUGUGUGUGUGUGACAUCAGCACGGCCUGCUCUCCGCUCCAGCCUCCGCCAUCAGGAGGAUAUUUUCUCUGUCGCCCUUGUUUUUUGCUGCGGGAUUCAUCCAUUCAUCUAUUCACACACUCACACACAUAGCGAGGAGGAGAGCCAUCGGUGCCAUGGAGUCCACAUCAGUCUGGUCCUGAAGGUUCCUGAGAGGAGGAGCAGCAGCGUUUCUGGCCUAAAGUCCAGUCCACUCUUCAUCCAACGCUCUCCCACACACAUACAGAGCGAAAGAACAGACAGACAGACGGAACAGACGGACACGUCGGUUCUUCAUCGCCCCCUUCAUCAUCAUGGAGGCCAUCUGGCUCUAUCAGUUCCGGCUGAUCGUCAUCGGAGACUCCACGGUGGGGAAGUCGUGUCUGAUCCGCCGCUUCACGGAGGGACGCUUCGCGCAGGUGUCCGACCCCACGGUCGGCGUGGAUUUCUUCUCCCGCCUCGUGGAGAUCGAGCCCGGGAAGAGGAUCAAGCUGCAGAUCUGGGACACGGCGGGACAGGAGCGCUUCAGGUCCAUCACCAGGGCUUACUACCGUAACUCUGUGGGCGGACUCCUCCUGUUUGACAUCACCAACCGCCGCUCCUUCCAGAAUGUUCACGAAUGGCUGGAGGAAGCUCGUAGCCAUGUCCAACCACACAGCAUCGUCUUCCUACUGGUCGGCCACAAGUGUGACCUGGAAGCAAAGCGCCAGGUGACCCGUCAGGAGGCAGAGAAGCUAGCAGGAGCAUACGGGAUGCGCUACAUCGAGACUUCGGCCCGUGACGCCAUCAAUGUUGAGCACGCCUUCACUGAGCUGACCAGAGAUAUCUUCGCCCUGGUGCGGUCUGGUGACAUCACAAUCCAGGAGGGUUGGGAGGGUGUGAAGAGUGGAUUUGUCCCCAACGUGGUUCACUCCUCAGAGGAAGUGACCAAGAGUGACCGCCGCUGUCUCUGCUGAUCUGGAAAGAGUUUGACAUUGGGACUGAAGGAGAGGGAAGGACUCAGAGGGAAAAAUGGCUGACGGACUGCGUUGUUGGCCCUUUGACAGAAACUGUUGCUAUCCCUCUGUUCUUUCUCCAAAAAAGGGAUUGCUUGUAGAAUUUCAACAAAAAUGAUGGUAGAAGGCGGCAAAGAACACACAAAGGGAUGGGCCUAUUUCUAAAUAUGUUUUAGUCAUUGGAGAGGAAGGAUGGCAGAUGCUUGGUUUGGUCUCUCCGCAAAAUUAGAUGACACUCUCGACUUGUGUCAUCACUCUGUCUGCCAUCAGGCCUCCCUUUACCUCUCCUCCCACCACUCCUUAACCUUCUUCUCUUCUCCAAUAUGCAAUUACAUGAACACAUAUAGAACAACCUCCACCCAACGUCUUUCAAAACUUUUUAGGCAGCACCCGUAGAUAAUUUCUCCCUUGAUAAUAAGAACUGUGUUUUUUCUGUGCUGACAAUUUGCACCACAUUCCAUGAUCGUACCUUGAUGGAUGAAUCUUGGAGGUCCAGAAUUGAACGAGGGAUGACAGAUUUCUCUCCACUAAGCCUUUAUUCUGUUGACUGGGAUCACAUUAUUUCUGUGUAAACAUCCACUAUCAUUCCGCUAAUAAUCACUCAGUUCCUAAAUGGACUCCUCGAAUCGGAAGAGAUGUGUACAGCUUAACUGACCGAGGCAGACUUUUUAACUCCUAACUCUUUGCCUUCAUAUGGUAACUCUUUAAAAUUAACUAUUAGGAAUGUUGGAGCCAGAAAGCACCUUCAGCGCCAAGUCCAUCUUAACUGAAGAUUAUUUAUUUCUCAAAGGGAGAGCAAGCAAACAAAGCCCAGACCUUGCAAAUGGAAACUUGAAGAACGGACUAUCAUGAUACCGUCCUUGCACCAACAUGGACAGGACUGUGAAGCCAAGUGAAAAGGGUCCAUUGAGCAGGAAUUAAGUCAACCCUACACAGAUACAGGCGCAGGGACACUACAAGCUUAAAUUGUGCUGUGAGCAAAUGGGUGACACAUUUUUUCUGUUGUGUAUUUGCAGGUUAUUUUCAGUUUCAUGUAUCAGUGUGACUGGAGUUUCUGUUGAUAAAGUCAUACCAAAAUGGCACUAGGUCCAACAUCACUGGUUAUGUCAAGAAGAAGAAGACGCCAAUUUUCUAAACCGUUUAAAUAUUUGUUUCACCUUUUAGCACAAAUAAUGUCGUUAUCUGCUGGCCAUAAAAAGGGUAAUUAACUUCUAAUGAGCUGAAGCUGACAUGGUGAUAAGAGAACUACUUAGCCCAAAUGUUUCGAGCCAUUUGCACAUGCCACACCUCAAGACUUGUUACACAUUGUUCUUUACUUUGCCUUUGUACAUACAGACACACCGUUAAGAGGAAAAAAACCCGCAGUAAUUCUGAAAUCAGCCACAAGUCCUGCAUUCAAAGCAUGUAUCUGUUGGGUGACUACAGUUAUUUCCCGCCCUCAGUGUAACCCUUCUCACCACGGGAGCAGUGCUAGUACACUUCUUCUUUUCAAUCCUCUGAGCUGUACAGACAAUACUGUAUUACACAGUCCUUAAACCUGCCGGGUUAAAGCCAAGAGUUUCUCUUCCUCUGCUCUAGUUAUAUAUCUACAAACUGAAAUGUACUAAAAAAAAAAUAAAAUGUGACUGGAAAAAUAAACACAAACUCACUCGUUU